AACUACAAGGCAGUAACUAGUAUUUUUAAUGAAUUCAUUGCUCAUAUACAUGCACAUAUCCAUAGGUAAAAUUAUUUUAUAAGUGUACGAUAGGAAGGCGAAUGUAGUAUGAACAAAUUAUUUAGUAAAUGAGUGGUGGAAACUCACUCAACGUGUAUUCUUGUUACCUAGUUUCUUUUUACUCGUAUUUUAAAGAAAUAAAGUGAAUAAACAAGUUUAGUGAUAAUUGUUUUUAAGCAUUAGCUGAAUUCAUAAAUCUUUAAUUGUCAUUUAAUAUAAAAAUUAUUAUAUUAUUAGUAUCUGUAGCCAUAACAAUUUAAUAAAAAUUGUUAUGGCUCCAUCACUGAGUAAACAUAUAUCCAAAAAAAACGCUCUGAUUGGAGGUGCUGUGGCAGGAGUACCUAUAAUCUUGUACCUUUUAAAAAAAUGUGCUAAUGAAAAAAAAAAAAAUUCCAAAAAGUUGUUACCUCAAAGCGACAUCAAAUACCUCAUAGUUGACAAAUCUGCUGCAACAAAAAAUGCAAAUAAAGCACAUGUUGAUGCUCGUUUUUUAAAACAACUAUGGCGAAUUUUAAAAAUUGUCUUUCCUGGAGUAAUGUCUACAGAAUUUGGAUUUCUGAUUCUUGUUGCUGCAUCAUUAGUUGCUAGAUCAUAUAGUGAUAUAUGGAUGAUACAAAAUGGUACAAUGGUUGAAACAGCCAUUGUAAAUAUGGAUCAACAAUUAUUUAUUAAACGUUUAAUAUACUUCUUUGCUGGGAUGCCAAUAAUUUCCAUUGUAAAUAAUGUUUUGAAGUGGAGUAUAGGAGAAUUAAAAUUGCGACUUAGAACACGACUAACAAAUCAUUUAUUUGAAGAUUAUUUAAGAGGUUAUACUUAUUAUAAAAUGAACAAUUUGGACACCCGAAUAUCUAAUCCUGAUCAACUUUUAACAGCUGAUGUUGAUAAAUUUUGUGAUAUGUUCACUGACCUUUAUUCUAAUAUUUGCAAACCAUUUUUGGACAUAGUAAUUUAUGUCUAUAAAUUAACAACAACAUUAGGCUUUCAAACACCAACUGUCAUGCUAAGUUAUCUAGUUUUUGCGGGAACUCUUUUAACAUAUCUUAGAAGGCCAACAGGUCGGAUGACUGUUAUAGAACAAAAAUUAGAAGGAGAGUAUCGCUAUAUUAACUCAAGAUUAAUUACUAACUCAGAAGAAAUAGCCUUUUACAAUGGCAAUAAUAGAGAAAAAUUAACUAUAUUAACUGCUUUUAAUAGAUUAACAAAUCAUUUGAGAAAAUUUUUAGAAUUUAAAGUUGGUAUGGGUGUGAUUGACAAUAUUAUAGGAAAAUAUAUUGCUAGCGUGGUUGGAUUUUAUGCUGUUAGUAUACCUUUCAUUGAUAGUAAAUCUUCUAUGGCCUUACUUUCAAAAGAUGAAAGAUUCAGAAAUUAUUAUACUAUGGGUAGAAUGUUAGUUAAAUUAGCUGAAGCUAUUGGUCGUCUAGUUUUAGCCGGACGUGAUAUGACACGUUUAGCUGGUUUCACAGCAAGAGUAACUGAAAUAAUGACAGUACUUGAUGAUUUAAACAAUGGUAAAUAUGUUCGAACGAUGUUAACAAAUAAUGAUAUGUCAAAUAAAAGAAGCCUUGUACCAAACUCUGGCAAAAUUGUUACAAAGGAUAAUAUAAUUAAAUUUGAAAAAGUACCACUGGUAACCCCAAAUGGAGAUAUUCUCAUUGAUGAAUUAUCAUUUGAAGUUAAAUCGGGUAUGAAUGUAUUAGUAUGUGGACCAAAUGGUUGUGGAAAAUCAUCUUUAUUCAGAGUUCUCGGUGAGCUGUGGCCCAUGUUUGGAGGUAUUUUGACAAAACCACCAAAAGGAAAACUCUUUUAUAUUCCUCAGAAACCAUAUAUGACCUUGGGUACACUCAGAGAUCAAAUUAUCUAUCCACAUACAAAAGAAGAAAUGCAAAGACGUGGUAAAUCAGAUGCAGAUAUUGCAAUGCACUUAGAAAGAGUACAGCUCUCUUACUUAUUACAGAGAGAUGAAGGGUGGGAUACAGUAGCUGAUUGGAUAGAUGUAUUAUCUGGUGGAGAAAAACAGCGGAUUGCUAUGGCUAGACUUUUUUACCAUCGACCUCAAUUUGCAAUAUUAGAUGAAUGCACCAGUGCUGUCAGUGUAGAUGUAGAGGGAUCAAUGUAUCAAUAUUGUCGUGAAAGUGGUAUAACACUUUUUACCGUUAGCCAUCGAAAAUCAUUAUGGAAACAUCAUGAUUAUUACUUGCAAAUGGAUGGUCGAGGAAUGUUCCAAUUCAGUAAAAUUGAUUCAGAAACUGAAGAAUUUGGUUCAUAGACUACUUUAAAUUGUAUAUUUAUUAAUUCUUGCCUGGUACUUGUGUAUCAAAUUGGAUUUUGGUGUUUUUUUUAUUGUUCUUAUGAGUUUUUAUAAUUUUAUCAAUAUCAAAUUAUUUAUUUCUCAUUAUUGUUAUGUAUCAAUUUUAAAUACAUUUUACCAGUUAAUGUAA